GAAGUGGUCGGGCUCUAGGUUUCGGGAGGCGGCGGCGGCGGUGGUGGUGGUGGCGGCGAUAGCUGACCCUUUGGAGGUGGCCGCGGUGCUAGGAUGAACGCCCCUCCUGCCUUCGAGUCGUUCUUACUCUUCGAGGGCGAGAAGAAGAUCACCAUCAACAAGGACACCAAGGUGCCCAAUGCCUGUUUGUUCACCAUCAACAAGGAAGACCACACGCUGGGAAAUAUCAUUAAAUCGCAGCUGCUGAAGGACCCCCAGGUGCUCUUCGCUGGCUACAAAGUCCCGCACCCCUUGGAGCACAAGAUCAUCAUCCGCGUGCAGACCACGCCGGACUACAGCCCACAGGAGGCCUUCACCAACGCCAUCACGGACCUCAUCAGCGAGCUCUCCCUGCUGGAAGAGCGCUUCCGGGUGGCCAUCAAAGACAAGCAAGAAGGCAUCGAGUGAGGGGCCGGAAGGAGUCCUGCUCGGCCACCUGCUGCCCCGCCCCGGGCCCUGCAGGCAGCGCGUGGAGAGCGCACGUCCUCCAGCCAUGGGCCUCCUGUAGAUGCCAGUGACCCCUCGCCCCUGGCGCACCUGUGUCCUGUACAUAGACGGUUUUAUUUUCCUAAUAAAUGUGGAAGGAAGA